AAAUCUCUAGCCGUAUCGGAAAGAAAACAUGGCAGUCUUUGGCUUUUUGUCUUUAUUAUUUUAAAAAAUGCAGAGAAGUAGCAAGAAAGACGGUUCAAGUGACAGACAGCUGAGCCGUUUGCAAUCGCUGCAUUGUGGAAAUAUUCAACAUCAGAUGGGUAGCAGCUUCAAGUAGUUUGCACUGGGACAAAAUGUCUUCAUCAUGUCAACCACCCCGGGCUUUUAAUGGAACUAGCUUGCAUGAAAAACACAGCCUACUUGUGAUUCUGCUUUAAGUCCUUUUUCACUUGGCAUCAUGCAGCUCGUGGCCAGCCUGGUGUCCCUCAUGUUGGUGCUGUACGGCGUUAGGGCAGCCGCCGUGCUUCCCGUGGAGGAGAGGAGCUCAGCACACGCCAAUGAACUGAACACAGAGCGCAAGGAGCUGAUCCUGAAGUUGGUGUCUGGCUUGCUGGAUGGCGUGGACACCAACAUGCUUCCGGCUGCAGACGCAGCACCCCUGGAGCGGGAAGAGCCUCUGGAGUCCCGUCUGGAGCAGAGAGCCGUCUACAACCGGUUAUCACAGCUGCCUCAACGCGACCGCAAGGCACCCUGCAAGAACUUCUUCUGGAAAACAUUCACAUCCUGCUAACAGACCCAGACCCCCCCCAAGAGCUCACCAAAAAAACAGCCCCCCCAACAUCCCUAUUGCCACCCUCCACCACCACUACCACCACCCUCACCAACCCACCACCUGUCUUCACUGCCACCCCAGCCUAAUGUGACUCCCCCGCCACCCCACCCCCCAAGCCAAACGUCACGCCUCUGCUCAGAAAAGAUCAAUUAUGAACUGUGGUAGACCUCAGCUGUAUAUAACAUCCACACCGUCAGAAGGAAGGUCGGAAUGGACUUAACUGACACAGUCUGUCUGUCGAAAUACUGAUGAUUCUAUUUAUUUAUGUAUUUUAUUUAUUUAUUUGUUUAUGGACACACAUGAAGAGAAAGAUGUAAGAAAUAAAGCAUGGAUAAUAUAUUUGUUUUGGACAACAUUUGACUUUCUUUCACAAUUUCACUCUCUCUGAGUGCACACAAACAUUUCAUCUGGCAUUCGUAUGAUCAUGUCUGUAAUUUAUUACACAAAGUGUAAUAAAAAACUGUACACGUAGAUUCUACUCUGGUACCUAAUAGUGUCAUAGAUGGGAUUUCCUGAAAGAAACCUAGAUGGAUGAAACUGAAUAUUAUUAAUGCAGAAGAUC